AAGAAAAAAAGAAAAAGCAAGGAAGCGGAAGAAGAAGAAGCAGCUGAAGAAGUCGAGAAGUCGUCUGCGGGGGAGUAUUUGCGCUCUUUCGUUCAUUUCCAGCCUCGAGGCUCAGUGCCUCCUUCUGACCCUACGUAUUAUCCUUUUUAAGUUGAAGCCGCACCUGUUUUUCAGUACUGCAGCUUCAUAUUCUUCUUCCGUUUUUACCCUUCUCAUGGUUGCUGACUGCAAGGGUCCUCAUCCCUCCCAACAUGCCACGGUUCUUUUUUGUUAAUUAGUAUCUGAAUGUUCCCAUUUCGGGGCUGUUUAUAUCAGUGGGAUGGAGCUCAGGUUGAUAGCUCUGCAAUUUUUUCUGCUUUUGGCGGCUCUUAUUGGUUUCAAUGCAGGGGCCUCCAAUGUGACAGUAAAUGAGACCUCUUGUGGCUCCGUAAACGAUCCUCAGAAUAGAGAAAUCGGAGAUCCAUGCCCAGCUGGUUGGGUUGUUGGCCCUGAUAAAGCCAGGUGCUUUUACCAUGUUGGGAGGCCUCAAUCGUGGAAUGACUCGGAAAGCCAUUGUAAUAAAUGUGGUGGACAUUUAGCUUCUCUGAUAUCUCUUCCAGAGCUACACUUUGCUCAGAGUCUAUGUGGUGACAGUUGCUGGGUUGGAGGAAGAAGAAUUAACUCUACAGCUGGUUAUGAGUGGGUGUGGUCUGACAAAUCUCAGUGGAACAAGUCCAUGUUUCCUUUGUCGCUUGAUCCCUCUAGUUGUACUGGAUUACCCUGCAACACUAAAGGUGCAGUCAAUAUAUGUGCAAUAAUGACUAAUCAUUCAGAUUCUCUUAUGAGUGAUAGAUGUGACAAACUGAAUGCUUCAGUGUGUGUACUUGAUAUAGAUAAAAAAUGUUACCACAUGCGCUGUCACAGGGAAUAUCUUAUCAUCCUUGCGGGGGUUAGUGCAUUGAUCCUCUGCACAACAUCUGCUGUUGUGGUGUGGCUUCUUGCACAUAAACGGAGCAAGAAGAGAAAACGAUCUAGAAAAAUAUCAAAUCCAGCUGCUUCUCAGUUGGUUCCUCCUUCAUGGAAAGUUUUUACCAAAGAGGAAUUAAGGUCGAUUACAAAGAACUUCAGUGAAGGUAACCGCCUUGUUGGGGAUGCCAAGACUGGUGGUACAUAUAUUGCGGUCCUACCUGAUGGUUCAAAGGUUGCAGUCAAGAGAUUGAAGAAGUCAACUUUUCAGAGGAAAAAGGAGUUCUAUUCUGAAAUGGGUAGGGUUGCAAGACUUCGCCAUCCUAAUUUGGUGGCUGUGAAGGGAUGCUGCUAUGAUCAUGGUGACCGCUACAUUGUUUAUGAGUUUGUAGUUAAUGGCCCCUUAGACAAAUGGCUGCAUCAUAUACCAAGGGGAGGUCGCAGCUUAGAUUGGACUAUGAGAAUGAAAAUUGCCACAACACUUGCUCAAGGAAUUGCUUUUCUGCAUGACAAGGUGAAGCCACAUGUUGUUCAUCGGGAUAUACGAGCCAGUAAUGUGCUGCUGGAUGAGGAGUUUGGAGCUCACCUUAUGGGAGUCGGUCUAUCCAAAUUCGUGCCAUAUGAAGCCAUGCAUGAGAGGACUGUGAUGGCAGGUGGAACUUAUGGAUAUCUUGCUCCAGAGUUUGUGUAUAGGAAUGAGCUCACAACAAAGAGUGACGUUUACAGUUUUGGUGUCUUGUUACUUGAGAUAGUGAGUGGACGUAGACCUGCACAGGCAGUGGAUUCAGUGGGUUGGCAGAGCAUAUUUGAAUGGGCGACACCAUUAGUGCAAUCACAUCGCUAUCCAGAACUGUUGGAUCCUCAUAUAUCAUCAUCCUCCUCCACAUCUGCUAUUCCUGAGGCUAGUACAAUCCAGAAGGUGGUUGACCUUGUCUAUUCUUGCACACAGCAUGUCCCAUCGAUGCGUCCUAGAAUGUCUCAUGUUGUCCAUCAGCUACAACAGUUGGCUAACCCACCAGCCAAGUGAAGCCAGCAUAAUAAUACAAGCUUGAGCUCGAGUUGUUCCAUGUAUCAUAUGCCCGUUUAAUUUAGGGGCCCGGAUUAUUAGCUUUUGUGAAAUGACAAAACAAUAGUUACAGCUGGUAUAGUUAGGUUUUCCAGGACCGGCUGCUAUUCGGUCAUACAUGUCAUGUGAUUAAGAAAUGCUCUCUUGAAGCAGUGUUGUACCCCCAAUAUUUUAUCUCUAAGAGACAGCGUCGAAGAAACAAAAAACCGAGGGCAACACUAGUUCACAUAAACAUUAGAUGUAGCCUAUCACCAUCAGAAGAUAGAUGAGGAGUACGCAUCUCAUGGUCUCUGCUUGCUCCAUUGAUGGUGUUUUAAAUUCUGUUGUUUUCUUGGGUCCUAAUGGAGUUUGAACUGAUUUCAAGGGAA